AUGUCUCAGCCCAGGCCCAACCAGGGGUCUGUCAGGUCGGACAGCAUACCUCGCGACGACCGUGGGCCUGACGCAAGAUCAGCCUCGUCCUCCUCUGUGGCACAGGUGGCUUCUUCAUCCUCCAACGCCUCUCCAUCGUCGUCGUCUGCUGCACUCCGCGGAUCUGCCGAUCUACGGAGACCAUCUCUACCAUACCCGUCCGAGGCUCCCGUAGCAUCGUCCUCUUCUCACACCGCCAGCUCCACAAAGGUCGGCAGUCAAAGCAGUGUAAUGUCCGAGGCAUCGGCCAAGAGCUCUUUGCAGUCUGCCACGCCCGAUUCAGAGUCCACUGCCACCAAGGUCCAUUUUGGCCCAGCCGUUCGGAGGGGCGGUUGGAGGAAUUUUGCUUCCGUGGCUGUCUCACGCGAUCACAGCGAGCAGGGCAGUACGGAUGAAGAAAAUGGUGGAGCAAAUGCCGUAUCGGGUAGGAGACCCAGCACGGUCAAGCGCGGUAGUGGUUCAUCACGGCAUUCCAGCUCUGGACGGCGUAUAUCUACUAAGAGUUUGGGAGAUGAUGAUGAUGAUGAUGAUGAUUACGGAGACAAUGAAGAUGAUGACGGCGUCGGGCAAGGAGAUGGCGAGGACGCUACUGGGACAUGGUCCCAGACAGGACCAUUCGGCGGACCGAUGUCGGGGGCCUCUCUCGAGGAAUUGCCUACCAUGCCUACACCUCGCAGCUCCUCACCAUCCAACAGCGGGCUGAUGGACGCUGCUCCAAAUCUCGAUUGGGCAAACUUCAUUCACGCGUAUGCUCUAGGCAAGUGGAAUCCGUCCAAGGAGCCGAAGCCUCCGGGCCAAUCAAGCGUGGUACCUGGCAUCUCGACCCGUAUCGCGUACCCAGCAUCAACCUCUGAGGAAGCUGGCGCGAGUGAUGGAUACAUCACCCCAGAACCCUCAAUCGGCGGCAGCCGGCGCCCUUCCUUGAGCUACGAUGUUCAAGGUUUAAGCGAGCAGGUGGUAGCCCCAACGCCGGCUGAAGGCGUCAAGGUUCCGCUGCCCUCACUCUAUACUGCUCUGGAGGCGGCGCGGAGGCGAGGCAGCAUCCCUUUCUCUCCAGCUGACUUUGGUGGCAGGCCCACUACAUACAUCAACCCUGCUCUGUUCAGAUCGGCCGGCACGGAGGAAGUAACCGACGACGUCUUCCGCCGGCGUCAAGCAAUGGAACAAAGUUCUGAGUCGUCUGCGGCCAAGCCCGGUACUAAGUCCACUCCUGCGAAGAGCACACGGCUCGCUUCGUACGUCUCACCUGACUCUGAUCCGUCUACAGGGAAUGAAAUGGCCGACACGUCGGCAGAGCUUGCCGAAGAGAUGCAGUCAUCACCCCGGAGUGCACCGGAUUUGUCACUUCCAUCCACAGGUCUUGGUCAAAAGCCUCGCUUUGAUGAGUCCGUCUGGCGCUCUGCGCACCACGUUGGGACCAUGACAGAUGCUUGCGAGCAGCCUGCACCAGAGUUCAAGGGCCGUAACAACACGAGCACAAUCGAGCGACAAAGUAAGGACGUACCUCUGGCGGCAAACGAGCGAGCGAAAUCCGAUGAUGCUCAAGCGACCGACGGAGUCGGAGCUGUGGCAUCCGCUGCGACGCCAUUCCCUGCUCGCAUACAAGAUGCACCGCAUCUGCGACCAGGACCGACUCCUGUCCAGCUACAGGACUACAGAUGGGGUGAAGGUACUACUCCCGCGGUGUGGCAGUCAGCACCCGAGGGAUUCCUAUCCGAAUGGCGGAUCAAUCCUCAGAGUGGUACAGAGGCGCCUGCACCUAUACCGAACGAGGCACCUUUCUGGAUCGGCCAAGCAGGGGAGAAUGGGACCGUUGCAGGUCUGCGUCGAGCUGCUCGUCGCGCUAGUGUGCUCAAAGGAUCGGAUUCUGGAGAAGACCCUCUAGCGACAGUGAAGCCGAUCAAUAUCCACAUGAAAAGCUACGUUUCAGACCCAGGUGAGCGGGCGAUCGCUGCAUCGCAGCCCCUUGCGCCGAAAUCUCCACUUGCUUCGAAGCAGACGCUAGCUCCGGCAUCGGAAGACAGCCAAGAGCUGCAAGAUGGUUCAGCCUCGCCUCGCUCUGCAGUACGCACUUCGAGUAUGCAGUCGGUGGCUCCAUCCGAAGCGGCCAAUGCAAAGUCGCGCUCGGUUACCAAGGAUUCGUCGCCGAUGAUGAUCGUAACGCACAAGCAAAAAGGUAAGAAGGGUGCAUCAGAUUCGAAUGAGCUGUACCUGGAAGCUGGAAAGCAGGCCGAGAACUUCUACAUCGAGCAUGGGUACCUUCCCGCUAUCAUCCCACCUAAUGAGGCUGAGCGACGCCAGGCACUGAAUCGAUAUGGCUCUGCAGGAUCUAUAGGCAACCCUCAUUUUGAUCGAGUCGGUCAUCUUGUUCGCCUGGUGUUCAACGCGGAAGUGGUCUUAAUCAGUCUUGUGGGUACCAAUUCGCAGUAUCUUCAGACAGCCCUUGGUGGGCAAGGUAUUUCACACGAGCACCUUCAGAAGAUCGCAGGCUCAAGACACUGUUCGUUCUGUGCUCAUGCGAUCCUACAAGACAGCGAUGAACCUCUCGUAGUCAUGGAUACAACCAAGGACUGGAGGUUCAUGGGCAACCCUCUCGUAGUCGGCAGCCCUUUCAUGCGCUUCUAUGCUGGUGCACCUCUUCGGACAGCCGACGGAUUCAAUCUCGGAAGCUUGUGUCUCGUCGAUACUAAGCCGAGAGAAGAGUUCACUGACAAACAGCGACAUACACUAAAAGAAUUCGCCGCCGUUGUCAUGCGGGAGAUGGAGCUUGCGCGAGACAACAUUCAUCUCACCUUGCGACAUCGUAUGCAGACGUCUAUCGAGGUAUUCGCCCGCAAUUGUCUUGAGAUGGAGACGAACGCCGCCGAUGACGAUAAUGGAAGCGAAAAUGCACACGGGCUCUCAGACCUGUACGUCUCGGCCGCGAAGGCGAUGCGCGAAGCGCUCCAAGCCUCGGGCUCCGUCGUCUUUGACCUCUCUCACUUUGAGAUCAUCGACUCUCCAAUCAACAACGGCAAUGGCUCUGUCGGGCCAGGCGGCAGUAAGAUCUUCUACCCGAGCCCGAUCUCGGCUCCAGACGUGACUCCCUAUGCCAGCUUUGACGACCCGACUUCGAUUCAGACCAUCAACUCUUCGGGUGCGUUGGCAGAGGAGUCCAUCCAUUCGCAGCUCGUCCCUGCCAUGGCAGUCUUGGGAGCCGACGAAGACAGCUCGGCGCCUGCUAGCCGCGAGGAUCCUGUGCCCUUGUCGCACCACAUUCGCGUCGCCGAAUUCCUCCGCAAGCAUCGACUCGGUCACUUCUAUCCGGUGAUUCCUCAGAUCUUCCGACAUCUUUUGCCUCCCAACGUCAGCAACCUCGUCCUCGUGCCAAUCUUCGGUCUCAAUAAGCAGCCCUUCGCUCUGAUGUGCGUCUACUCCGCGCUCAGUCGUAAAGGGCCUGCUCUCGAAGACCUUCAGGUCUCUGCACUGCAGUACAUCCGCUCGAUGGGUACAAUCAUCCUCAGCGCUGUGCUAAAGAAGGACAUCAUGCUCGCCGACCAGGCAAAGAGCCACUUCAUCUCCAAUAUCUCUCACGAGCUCAGGACGCCUCUGCAUGGUAUCCUGGCUUCCGCUGAAUUGCUCACUGACACCAAGUUGAACAGCACUCAGGGUAGCUACCUUGAGACGGUCGAAGCCUGUGGAAAGAGUCUGCUCGAGCUUGUCAACCACGUCCUGGACUUCACCAAGCUAAGCGGUGGAGCUCGCGUCAAGGGCAAUGCUGUCCAUUCUCUUACGCCCUGUGACCUCGUCAAACUGGUGCAAGAGGUCUGCGAAAGCAGCUGGAUCGGACAGAUGGCCAGGAGACUCGAGAGCCAGCAGUCCGCCGGUAUCGGCAGUGCCUAUGGCAGUGGCACUGCGGGCAGCAGUCCUACAGGCGCUCACGACUCUGAGAAUGAAGAAAAAGCUGGUGGAGCUCAGGGCGCCAAAGGGAAGAAGAUGAAGACCGGCGACGUCGAAACCAUCAUCGAUGUUUCGUUGCGGCGUUCAGGCUGGCUGGUCAACUGUGACGCUGGUGGUAUUCGUAGGGUGCUGAUGAACCUCAUUGGCAACUCACUCAAGUUUACGCCCACCGGAUUCGUUCACGUAUCGCUGAGGGAGGUUCAGAGCACUGCAACUCAUGUGGUAGUAGAGCUUAGCGUUACCGACACUGGACGUGGAAUCUCGAAGGCCUUCCUGGAGCAGCAGCUCUUCCAUCCCUUUACUCAGGAGAACGAGUUGGGCCCUGGUACAGGAUUGGGUCUCUCGAUUGUCAACAGUAUCGUGCAGUCGCCUUCCAUCAAUGGGAAAAUCGAUGUCUGGAGCACUGUCGGUCAAGGAACAGAGAUGCGCAUCACUUGCGAGAUGGCCGUUGCCGCGCCUGACGACAUCGAAGGGGCUGUCUACCAGCCUUCUUUGAACCUCAAGCAGUCAAAGCGUGUGUCCUUUGCUGGUUUCGAAGACACCAAGGGUCAGACGGAUCUCAAGCAAGUCCUGCGGAACUAUUUCGAGGGCUGGUGGUACUUUGCGGCCUGCAAAGAGGGGCCGGAGAAUGCCUACAGCGGCGACAUUGUCAUUCUGAACGAAGACGCUGGACUCCUCGAGGACAUUAGGAGCAAGCGUCGCGGCCGACAUUUGCCUCCGGUCAUCUUGCUCACAGGUUCCCGCGGUGACACAGAUGUGACAGAAGCCUGCGAGGCAUAUCACGCUGCGGGCGGAAUUGCUCGCAUGCUUUUCAAGCCUGCUGGACCCGCCAAGCUUGAAGCCUUGGUCGACUUCUGUCUACAGUGCCUGGACAGGAUUGACACGGGAGACCCCGUGGAGGAGACCCAGACUGCCCCAUCUACGCCUCUACCAUCGCCUGCUCCUUCGCCUGCUGUCCGUCUCGACAUGGAAGGAUCUGACAGUUACUUCGCUCUGCCGAGCAGUGAAGACAGGGAGGACCAGGGCGUGGGCACAGAGACUGCCAAUACCCCAAGCAAUCUUGCUCCAGCGCUUCCGACUCCUUGGCGCGAAGUCGCUGCAGGCGAAGAAGAUGAAACGCCUCGAACUGGGAGCUCGAGGGCUCCCCUCUCGCCUCUGAAGAGUGAUGCUCCUCACAUCUCACCAGCUCUCAUUGACCUGGUCAAUACUGGUCUUGUGCGACGGCAUUCGACGGAAGACCACGUCGUCCGUCAUCGGACGAGGGACGGUCCACCGUCAGCCAGAAGAUUGGUCGAUGGCUCAAGUCGAGCUGCUCAGCAAGGUGUGGAGGGUAUUCGUGUCGAGGACGAGGCGGCAAGGCGAGCCAGUGCUGAGGCUUUGAUCGCUAGCAAGCGCCCACAGAUGAAGGCCUCGCCGGGUUCGCGCCCCCUGAUGCCUCCGCGAUCGAUCACCUUCCACGCCGAGCCCAGGCUGGAAAAUCACGUCACCUUGUCGCCCUCUAUCUGGAGAGAUCUCAACGCCUCCGACUACUUUUCCAUGUCUCAACAAGGUAGCGGUGCCGAGGCUGAGAAGAAAGCAGGUCCGGGCUCAACGGCUUCGGCAGUGCCUCUUGAGGAUCCCUCGCCCAAGCAGGCCACGAUUCCUCUGACGCCCAUCACACCUGGUGCCUUGGUACCCAUCGAAGGCAGCGAUGGUCAUGUCCUACGCAGCGCCAUCGGCACCGUAGAUGGUGCCAUUAGUCCAGCCCAUGUCCCAGGCACCCGCAAGCUCCGCGUCAUGGGUGUCGACGACAACAAGAUCAAUAUCAAAAUCCUCGCUGCCUUCUUGGGUAAGCUGGACGUAGACUUCAGCUCUGCCUCGAAUGGCGCCGAGUGCGUGGAGCUCUUUGAACGCACAACGCCCGCUCUUGACGUCAUCAUUCUUGACCUGACAAUGCCCGUCCUCGACGGCUUCCAGGCUACAUUGGCCAUUCGACAGAAGGAGGCAGAGAGGAGGGAAAAGGCCACCAAGGGCAGCGGUGCCUCAAGGCGACCCUCGGCACCUCAACCUCGCGUUAAGAUCCUUUGUCUCACAGGGCGUAGCUCGGCAGAGGAUAAGAGGAAGGCCUUUGCCUGUGGAGCGGACGGGUUUAUGACGAGACCACUCAGUCUAAAGGUCCUCUCGUCGGUGCUCAAGCUCUUGACGCAACCUUCACAGAAGUAG